AUGGACACGUCCGCGGAAGUCACGCUGGGCGAGAGCCUGAUGGACACGGAGGACCAUCCGCUGAGGCCCAGCUUCUUCGAGAUGGCCGCCGCGGAGCGCCUCGAGGCCUCGUUGACGCAGGCAGUGCGCUACGCCAUCACGGCGGCCUCGGAGCGCCACGGGUGGGCGGGCGUGCUGUCCGACGUGCAAGAUGAACUCGUCGCCCUCGUGCUGCACCUGGUGCACGCGUCCGCCCUCAACGGCAGCGACGCGUCCUUCUCUGAGACGCUCUACGGCCUGCAGCGCGUCCCCUCGACGCAGCGGCGGCGCGACGCGGGCGCCGCGCGGCGCGCGGCCGACGGCAGACAGGCGCCAGCGCCACUUCAGAUAUCGGGGAUUCCCUUGCUGCGGUUGCAACAUCGACAUAGCUCUCUCAUGGUCCUCGUCUGGCUCCCGUACAUCUGCACCAAGCUCGACCGCGCGUACCGCGAGCUCCGCGAGCUCCAGCUGCUCCGCGGGGACCUCGACGCCCGCGCUACCCCCCUCGCCAGAGAGCUGACUACGCCCAGCGAAGCAACGCCCUCGGAGCGCGACGGGCAGGGCGGCGCGGCGUCGCCGCCCGCGAACAUGACGACCGUCGCCCUGCGCGCCGUCCGCCGCGUGCGGAGGUGGGUGGACGGCGCCGUUGCCAGCGCUCCCGCGUGGCCUGAGGUGGUGUUGUUUUUGUACCCUGUCGUCCACGUGGGCUGGGAGGGCCUGCGGCUGGCGUACCAGGUGGCGUACUUGCUCGAGCUCGGGACGUACUUCGCGCCGGAGCACCGCCUCGCGGGCGUGCGGCUGCGGCGCGCCACCGCAACAGACGCGCGGCUCAUGCAGGCGCGCACGCGAGCCGCGCGAGCGCAGGCCACGGCGCAGGCGCGCAUGGCCGGCAACAUCGUCGGCCCGAUCCGGGAGUUCGCCGUCAGGGCGGCGCACUGGGCGUCUGAUUGCGCGCAGGGCGCGCUGGUCAUCUCCGUGCUGGCGUUCAAGGCGAUCGAGUGGUGGUACGUCACGGGCGAGGAGCACGUAGGUGCAGCGCCGCCAGCGGCGCCGCCGCCGCCGCCGCCCGCGCCGUCCCCUGCGCCGCCGCCGCCCGCGGGAAGCGAGAAGGCGGGCGGCGCGAAGCGGCACGUUUCGAUCCCGGCCGACCCGCGCACGUGCCCGCUGUGCUGUCAGACCCGCAGCAACCCUGCGGUGUGCGCGCGGUCGGGGUAUCUGUUCUGCUACACGUGCUUGAUGGCGUGGACGCGGGAGCACCGGUGCUGCCCGAUCACGCACACGCCCGCCGGCGAGGAGCACGUGCGGCGCCUGUUCCUGCAGUGA